CGACAGUCUCCGCUGAGCUCCCCCUCCCACGGAGUGACUCAGGCCUUUGUCCUACCCGGUCGAGUUGGGACCGCCUCCCUCCGCAAGAUGCCGGAGUGCUGGGACGGGAAGAUCCAGGUGUGGCGGCUGCCCAGAGUGUCCAGCAUUCUCUGUCCCCUCCAGGAACACGACAUUGAAACGCCGUAUGGCCUUCUGCACGUGGUGAUUCGUGGCUCCCCCAAGGGGAACCGCCCAGCCAUUCUCACCUACCAUGACGUGGGUCUCAACCACAAGCUGUGCUUCAACACCUUCUUCAACUUUGAGGACAUGCAGGAGAUCACCAAGCACUUUGUGGUGUGCCACGUGGAUGCCCCCGGGCAGCAAGUGGGGGCAUCGCAGUUUCCUCAGGGGUAUCAGUUCCCCUCCAUGGAGCAGUUGGCUGCCAUGCUUCCCAGUGUGGUGCAGCAUUUUGGGUUCAAGUAUGUGAUCGGCAUCGGAGUGGGAGCCGGAGCCUACGUGCUAGCCAAGUUUGCCCUCAUCUUCCCAGACCUGGUCGAGGGGCUGGUGCUGAUGAACAUUGACCCCAACGGCAAAGGUUGGAUCGACUGGGCGGCCACUAAGCUCUCUGGCCUGACCAGUACUUUACCUGACACGGUGCUAUCCCAUCUCUUCAGCCAGGAGGAGCUGAUGAACAACACGGAGUUGGUACAGAGCUACCGGCAGCAGAUCGGGAACGUGGUGAACCAGGCCAACCUGCAGCUCUUCUGGAACAUGUACAACAGCCGCAGGGACCUGGACAUUAACCGGCCUGGGACAGUGCCCAAUGCCAAGACACUCCGCUGCCCUGUGAUGCUGGUAGUUGGGGAUAACGCUCCUGCAGAGGAUGGCGUGGUUGAGUGCAACUCUAAACUGGAUCCCACAACCACAACCUUCCUAAAGAUGGCUGACUCCGGGGGGCUCCCCCAGGUCACACAGCCCGGGAAGCUGACUGAAGCCUUCAAGUACUUCUUGCAAGGCAUGGGCUACAUGCCUUCGGCCAGUAUGACCCGCCUGGCCCGCUCACGCACCGCCUCCCUCACCAGUGCCAGCUCAGUGGAUGGCAGUCGUCCGCAGCCCUGCACCCACUCAGAGAGCGCCGAGGGGCUGGGCCAGGUCAACCACACCAUGGAAGUGUCCUGUUGAAGCCUUGGUUUCUGAUGAAGAUGCCCACCCGCCCGCCCGCAUUGACCCACCAUCCCACCGCCAUCUUUGCGCCUGCUCAU